AUGCUUGAGAGCGCGAGUACGACUGAUGCAAAUACAAAUCAAGAUGCUCCAGCCAUGAAGCGAAGUACAUCCAUCUUUUCCCGCUGGAUAAAACGCGGUGAAAAUGAACUAGAUUCAUUAAUGCAGAAAUCCUGGGGCGCUCCUGGAACUCCAACUCGCGAACUCGUCAUGCGUUACUGGAUAGCUACAAGGACAAAGGAUCACUGGGAAUCUCUAUACAAAAAUUCACCACACGAAUUUAAGAAGUACUUGAGAAAAGGGUAUAUGGAACCUAUUCCAAUAGAAUGGGUUCGUACUCAAAAAUUGGCCUGGCAGUAUCCGGAAUUUUCGUAUUGGGAAACGAAGGGUGAGAAAAGACUAUACUAUAUUCUUAACCACGCCCUCGCCCCAGAUGGUCAUAGACCACGUGGAGCUCUUAGACCACUCAACAUCGCUCGUAAUUGUCAAGAAAUCAUCAGACGGGGCAAUGCACGAAACGCCCAAGCAGUCAAGCUCGAUCCUCAGAAAUUACGGAUGUAUCGAAGCAAAUACGACGUGUUUCAAAACGACAGUGAAACCAACUCGAACGAGUAUUCGAAGCAGGUUAAUAACAUUAUUUACGAAACUCGUCGACACGCACUGAAUGAACUCGCUGAAGGUAUCCUUGCUGGUACGGAUCACAUUGAAACAAUGCUCCUGCUCGAUGUCUCCAGUUCAAUGACGUGGAAUCCGCACCAGGGAAUUCUUGGACCAGAUGGAAUUACACGAUACCACGAUCAACCGGCGAAUAUAGUCCUUGUGCAAAGUCUGGUCCAUCGACUUUUGAACCACAUGAUACCACGAGCACAGAAACAGCAUCCACAUCAAAUCGGAAUUUCGACGGUGACAUUCUCUUCCAACGGCAGAUAUGUCGGACAAUUGGCCUCUAGAAAUUUCGCUGCAGAGUCGAAAAAUAAAAUUCAGCUAGGAGGAGGAACUCAAGUAAUGCAAGGCUGGCAAACUGAAAAAAACACCUAUUUCGACCAACAACGUAAACAAGGUCACGGAAGAUAUGAUCCAGUCUACGGAUGGCAACCAACGCCGGGUAUGCCCAAGCUUUCCCUGCUCGUCUUUCUCGACGGCGAAGCAAUGGACAUGGAUGAGUUCGAGUUGGAAUUACUAGGAGAAACAUGGGCGUACGUAACCAUCGUGCUAGUCGGGAUGGAGAAUUGUCCACAUCAUCAUAAUCAUGCGAUAGAACUGCAAAGAGUCGCAGAAAAUAAUCCACAUGUUGGAUUUUUUGAUGUUCAUGGGCGAGUCUGUGAGAGGAUGGUGGUGGAGGAUUUACUUUCUUCCGUGUAUCCUGUGGAUGCACCAAAUAAUGAGGAGAUAUUGAAUCCUGAUUUUGAUCUUCCUGCUUAUUCGGACCUUUAUCCGAAUUCUGUUUGA